GGCAGACAGCCACCACACGCCGACGCCAAACCCCGCGAACCAAUCGGGAGCUCGGGAGGAGCGACGAUGGCCCGCCGCAGCGGCUGCUCCGUCGGCGCCGCGCUCCUCGCCCUCGCCGCCCUCCUCGCCGCCUCGGCCGUCCCCGGGGCCGCCGGGUUCCACCUCGGCGGCGACGAGAGCGGCCUCGUGCGGGGCAUGCUCGCCGCCGUCCGCGAGCGGGCCGAGGCCGAGGACGCCGCGCGCUUCGCCGUCGCUGAGCACAACAGGAAGCAGGGUUCUGCAUUGGAGUUUACACGGGUUGUGGACGCGAAAAGGCAAGUGGUUGCUGGGACCUUGCACAACCUGAUGGUGGAGGUAGUGGAUUCUGGAAAGAAAAGUAUGUACAAGGCAAAGGUAUGGGUGAAGCCGUGGCAAAAUUUCAAGGCGGUUGUCGAGUUCCGUCAUGCCGGGGACUUCCAGUCUGAGUCUUCCGUUGCUUCUGAUGGUAGCACUGGGCAAGCUAUCCUCAAGCUGUCCCUUCAAACCGACAUGGCACCCAAGAUGCACAGCAACGAUAACACUGGACUUUCUGUUGACUCGUCCUCUUCUCAGGCACACAAGGCGUGAAGGUUGCUUCCAUGGAGUAUGGAACUGGAAGGCGUGAAGGUCGGAACAUGAGGUUCUGAAAUGUAGCUGCCAGCAACUUGUGAACUUAAGUACUACUAGUAGUUUCCCCUGUGCAAAGUUUUUAUCCACCGUUAGUCUGUUAUCAAAGUCUUCAUCCCCUGUUAGAUAGUACUACUAUAUGCUGUCACACGGACAUUCUUUGAGCUUUUGACAGUUUGACGUCUGAACUCUGUAUAUUUGUUUUAAAACGUGGUGACUCUGUAUAUUACAUACUGUUCAUGCCCAGGUAAGUACAUUAUGGCAUUAUUAGUGUUGCCUUCAUUUGUUCA